CAGUGUACCCACAGCUGGCAAUACGCACUGCAGGGUCCUGACGGCUCCCUCUCUCCUUGCUUUCGCAGCUGGCGCCACGUACAUCUUUGGGAAAAGUGGAGGCCUCAUCCUCUACACCUGGCCGGCCAAUGACAGGCCCAGCACGCGCUCUGACCGCCUGGCUGUGGGCUUCAGCACCACCGUGAAGGACGGCAUCUUGGUGCGCAUAGACAGCGCCCCAGGCCUCGGGGACUUCCUUCAGCUUCACAUAGAACAGGGGAAAAUUGGAGUUGUCUUCAAUAUUGGCACAGUUGACAUCUCCAUCAAAGAGGAGAGGACCCCAGUAAAUGAUGGCAAAUACCACGUGGUGCGUUUUACCAGGAACGGCGGCAAUGCCACGCUUCAGGUGGACAACUGGCCAGUGAAUGAGCAUUAUCCCACAGGCCGGCAGUUAACCAUCUUCAACACCCAGGCGCAAAUAGCUAUCGGUGGAAAGGACAAAGGACGCCUCUUCCAAGGCCAGCUUUCUGGGCUCUAUUAUGAUGGUUUAAAAGUACUGAACAUGGCGGCUGAGAACAACCCCAAUAUUAAAAUCAAUGGAAGUGUCCGACUGGUGGGAGAAGUCCCAUCAAUCCUGGGAACGACGCAGACAACCGCCAUGCCACCAGAAAUGUCUACCACUGUCAUGGAAACCACCACUACAAUGGCUACUACCACAACCCGCAAGAAUCGCUCUACAGCCAGCAUUCAGCCAACAUCAGAUGACCUUGUUUCAUCUGCUGAAUGUUCAAGCGAUGACGAAGACUUCGUUGAAUGUGAGCCGAGUACAGGAGGUGAAUUAGUUAUCCCUCUUCUUGUAGAAGACCCUUUAGCUACCCCUCCUAUUGCUACUCGUGCACCUUCCAUUACACUCCCCCCUACCUUUCGCCCCCUCCUCACCAUUAUUGAGACCACCAAAGAUUCCCUGUCCAUGACCUCUGAGGCGGGGUUACCUUGCUUGUCGGACCAAGGCAGCGAUGGUUGUGAUGAUGAUGGCUUGGUGAUAUCUGGGUAUGGCUCAGGGGAAACCUUUGACUCUAACCUGCCCCCUACUGAUGAUGAAGAUUUUUACACCACCUUCUCCUUGGUAACAGAUAAGAGUCUUUCCACUUCAAUCUUCGAAGGUGGCUACAAAGCACAUGCGCCCAAGUGGGAAUCCAAGGACUUUAGACCUAACAAAGUCUCCGAAACUAGUAGGACUACUACCACAUCUUUGUCCCCUGAGCUGAUCCGCUUCACAGCUUCCUCCUCGUCUGGGAUGGUGCCCAAAUUGCCAGCUGGCAAAAUGAAUAACCGUGAUCUCAAACCCCAGCCUGAUAUAGUCUUGCUUCCGUUGCCCACUGCCUAUGAGCUAGACAGCACCAAACUGAAGAGCCCACUAAUUACUUCCCCCAUGUUCCGUAAUGUGCCCACAGCAAACCCCACGGAGCCGGGAGUCAGACGGGUUCCGGGGGCCUCAGAGGUGAUCCGGGAGUCGAGCAGUACAACAGGGAUGGUCGUCGGCAUUGUGGCUGCUGCCGCCCUCUGCAUCUUGAUCCUCCUGUACGCCAUGUACAAGUACAGGAACAGGGACGAGGGGUCCUAUCAAGUGGACGAGACGCGGAACUACAUCAGCAACUCGGCGCAGAGCAAUGGCACGCUCCUCAAGGAGAAGCAGCAGAGCUCGAAGAGUGGCCACAAGAAACAGAAAAACAAGGACAAAGAGUAUUAUGUGUAAACAUGACACCGCUAACGAUACGCGAAUUUAAAACACAGGAUUAUUUCUAUAUAAAUAUAUAAAUACUUGGAAAAUGAGAUUUCACAGAUGUCAGAACUGUUCUAACUAUGAGAUGGGGUAUACCAUGACUAUGGUGGGGGAAAUCAUUUUUAAAAGAACACACACAAAGAUGUACCUACCUAUAAGAUUCAGCCAUGGCUGCUUUGAUUCAGUCACUGCUCGGAGACAGUUCUUUCUGCCCUGCUGUGUCAUAAAGCACACACUUUGCCCUCUGGAGCGAGCAGAUGGCUCCCCCCACUUUCGUGGACUUGGAAGCUUCUUUCUCUUUAGGACCUUUCAUCCAAGGUAGAAGACUUCAUGGCUUACUUGUUCCAUAACUCCAAGUGAGUCUGUAAUAAUGUUUGUGAAGCUUGACUGUAAUAAUGUUUGGUUUUUUUUUGGUUUAAUUAUGUAAAAAACGAAAAAAAAAAAGAAAAGAAAAAGUUAAAAACAAAAACAGAAACAAAAAAAAACCCACCCUUAUCUGGGUCUGGCCAGUGUGUGCGUAACUUUUCAAGAUCUGAGGGGAAAAAAUGGCUUUUGGGUAUUUGUUUAAUUUUUGAGACUAACUGGACAUAAGAAGAAGAAAAAAAAAAAUCUCAGAAAACAGAAGAGAGACUAUUGCCAUAUGAACUCAAAAGCUACCAUGGUGUCCACUCUACAUAUCAGGUUGUGGCGUUUCUAGAAUCUGUUGUCUAUUUCCUAUGCGAUGCUUUGCUGAACACAUAGCAAAAUCAUGGGAUGGAUGAUAAUAUUGAUUUGAAAAGCUGGUUCCUCAGGAUCGAAUUCCAGAAUUUGCCACCCAAACCCUGAACAGAUGGGGUUAGGGCUGGUUUUAUCAGAGCUAUUGGCUUUACUUAACAAUAUUGUUCCUGUCCAUGAGCCCAGCCAAAUUGUGGUAAAGGAGAAAGCCCCAUAAACUAAAACAGAGCCUUUCCUAGGGAAGGGGAACGGGGGUGGGCUGGAUCUGUGACUGAUCGAAAUGCAUGCAAAUAGAAAAGAAAAGACAAUACAAGAAGUCUGUUAAAGAAUCAAAACAGACAAUAGGUGAGUUCAACUUGUGAUGGAACCACAAAAGGUCACACAAGCCAAACAUGGCAUGACAGAGUGCAGAAUUCAUAGUUCUUUCCCCGCCCCCAACAUGAUAAUGUUUUUCCUAGUGAUUUAAUUUUGCAGCCUGACAUUUAUGGAUAACUCUAUCCUUCCAUUUGCUCACGUCUCCCUUCACCCAUCUUUUCUAAAAAUAAUAAAUGAAUAAAGCUGCUGUGACACACAAAAAAAUGGAAUUUAAUAGUAUAAUAUAUAUAAAUAAAUAUAUAUACAGAUAUAUUUAUCAUGGUAUGUUUGAUGGGAUGACUGAAACAGGAAAACUGUUAAAAUCUUGAAGUGGAAUGAGAAUGUUGUUUUAAAAGAAAAUAACAAAACAACAAAAAAGUAAACCUUAAAAUGUGAAGUGUGAGUUUAAUUUUGUCACAGUUAACUGUGUCAAAGAGAAUAAAAAAAUCUUCUCAGAUUUUGUUUACAUAUUUUACUACAUUUUUGCUGGUAUAAUUCCUUAGCCACCUGUGUACAUACUGCUUUGAGAACUGUUCUUUCCUUUCUAUUUGUUUAUUUCAGUUUGUUUGGUUUAUGUUCCAGUUGUCUUUCUUUAUGAAAAGAGGAAAUGAUGUACAGAAAAACAAUAAACUUGUUGUGUGGCCAUACCUAUCCCAAUAGCAAGAGACAAAGCAAGACAAAUAUUCACACAAAAAUGAAAUGUGUUCUCUGGAGGGUCAGAUACAUACAGUUUCUUUUGUACAGAUGAAAAUCAAUCAGCUGUUUAGAUUUAGAAAUCUACUCUUGCUGGUUUUUGUACGUUGCAUGAAUAUUUGACUUUGAAAAAGUAUCUUAAAGACGUGGGGCAAACGCAAUCUAAACAAUGGUAGCCUUUACUAAUAUGUAUGGAAGGAGGUGUUCUUCAUUACCUGAUAUUUCAAUGUGUUAAGAGUUUUGGAUUAUUUUGUUGUCAUUGAAAAAGACAGGAUUAUAAAGAGAUAUCAAAGCACGAUUUAGAUAACCUAAAUGGCCCAACCUAUAUGAAGUUGAUUAUAUCUCGAUGUCUGUAAAAGAUUGCUGUUCUUGGCGUCUUGAGGUCUUGUGAACUGAUUUCCUGCUUUCUUUCUUUACAUUUUUUAUUUGAGUAAAAAUACAUUUAUUAUAUUCCUUUUAGUGUAAGUUUCUAUUUGGACAAUUUUAUGGGAACAUGUGCAUUCUGUACGUGAGCUUCUAUCAUAUUGCUGUUGUUUUAUGAGCAGACUCUUAAGGAAUUUAUUUUAUGAUGUUGUGAAGUUACUGCUUUUUCUUUUUCCUUUUCUCUUUUAUUUCACAUUUGCAUUUUAGUUCAAGGAUAUGCUUAGCAAUAAAAUGUUCUUCCCAAAAGCUUGUAUGAUGAUGUAUUUUUAUUUUCCAAACAUUUGGUAAAAGACCUUGUACUGGGGCUAAAUAUGUCAUGUCAAAUUAAAAGCCAAGUAAUCUAGGACCAUGUUCAUGUGAAAUAAAAUAUUAUAACCAGUUACUAAUACUUAUAUAAGCUUAUCAAAAGUGACAUAUUUGGGGGCUAAACAAUUAUUGUCUGUCAACUGAGGCAUUAUUAUUUAGACUGCUAUGAUCAAGUAACCAGGGGAAAACACUUUUCUGAACAGGUAAGAUGACAGAAGCAUUGUAUUCUGGAAAAAAUAUUG